UUUUAGGGCGGCUUUGGAAUAUUCGCACGGAAUAAAAGCGAAAAUUCACGGUGAAAAAUCCAGCGAAAAAAUCCGCAAAAACGCUCGAGAAACGCAGAAAACGCACACGCUGACAUCGUCGGGUCCGGAAUUGCUGGAAACGCGUCGCAAACUUUCGCAAAACGGCACGAGAAAAACAUACUGGACAUCUUUUGACAAAAAAAAAAACGAAAAGUGAAAAUGGCGUAAAAGUCGACAAACAUCGCACACGGGUCAAGAAAAGUGAGAAACGCACGCGAACAGUAAAGUGAAGCAAAGUGAGGAAUUUUUCGGAACAAUUUAAACGAGAAAAAUUACAAAAAAACAUUGAAAAAAUAAUAAAAACAGAAAAGUGACCGAAAUACGACAAAAGUAAUAAAUCAUCGAAAAAAAAAGAAAAUUUUUCGACAAACGAACACUUUUUUACUUCAACACAAACCUUUGCAUAUUUCGGCCUAAGAAAGUUUGGCCGAAAUAUCCACAAUAAAAAUUAGUCAAAACGUUUUGCACGGAAGCAAUAAGAAUUAUGGGCUGUACGCAGAGUGCAGAGGAGAGAGCUGCUGCCGCUCGUAGCAGAUUAAUAGAACGAAAUUUGAAAGAAGAUGGCAUUCAAGCUGCCAAAGACAUCAAGUUGUUGCUACUUGGUGCUGGCGAAUCAGGAAAAAGUACGAUUGUCAAACAAAUGAAAAUUAUCCACGAAAGCGGAUUCACGUCAGAGGAUUUCAAACAAUAUAGACCCGUGGUUUACAGCAACACGAUUCAAUCUUUAGUUGCAAUAUUGAGAGCAAUGCCGAAUCUCAAUAUUGCAUUUGGAAAUAAUGAGCGGGAGUGCGAUGCAAAGAUGGUGUUCGAUGUCGUUCAACGGAUGCACGACACAGAACCUUUCUCGGAAGACCUUCUGCUGGCGAUGAAACGAUUGUGGGCCGAUUCGGGCGUUCAAGAGUGCUUCAGUCGCAGCAACGAGUACCAAUUGAACGAUUCAGCAAAAUACUUCUUAGACGACCUAGAUCGAUUAGGGGCUAAAGACUAUCAGCCUACAGAGCAAGAUAUUUUAAGGACACGUGUCAAAACAACUGGAAUCGUCGAAGUUCAUUUCUCCUUUAAAAAUCUCAAUUUCAAGUUGUUCGAUGUCGGCGGUCAACGAUCCGAACGGAAGAAAUGGAUUCACUGCUUCGAAGAUGUCACGGCAAUCAUUUUCUGUGUCGCCAUGUCGGAAUAUGAUCAGGUUCUGCACGAAGAUGAGACUACUAAUCGAAUGCAAGAGUCACUGAAAUUAUUUGAUUCGAUUUGUAACAACAAAUGGUUCACUGAUACGUCGAUCAUUUUAUUCUUGAACAAGAAGGAUUUGUUCGAAGAGAAAAUCAGGAAAAGUCCUUUGACGAUUUGUUUCCCUGAAUAUACAGGAGGACAAGAAUACGGCGAAGCAGCUGCUUACAUCCAAGCCCAAUUCGAAGCGAAGAACAAAUCGACAUCCAAGGAGAUCUAUUGCCAUAUGACCUGCGCCACAGAUACAAACAACAUUCAAUUCGUAUUUGAUGCUGUAACUGACGUUAUAAUAGCAAAUAACUUAAGAGGGUGUGGUCUAUACUAAAUUAAGCUAUUUAAAAAAAUAAUUACACAAAAAAAUUAAGCAACUACGUAAAAAAAAUGUUUAAUUAUUAUUAUUAUAACAAGAAAAAAAAAGCUAUUUAUUGAUUGAUUGAUUAAAAUCUUGUAAUUUACUAAAAGUAGACAAAACAAAAGAAUAUAAUUUAAUUGAAAAUAUAUAUAAAUAUAAUAAAUUUUAAUGUUAAGGAUACAACAACUACACAACACAUAAAA